AUGGGCGGUCAAUUCUCAAAGAUGAUGGGCAAGAUCUUCGGAUCAAAGGAGAUGCGCCUUCUCAUGCUCGGUCUCGACGCCGCCGGAAAGACAACCAUCCUCUACAAACUCAAGCUCGGCCAGGACGUUACUACUAUUCCCACCGUCGGCUUCAACGUCGAGACUGUCACGUACAAGAAUGUCAAGUUCAACGUUUGGGAUGUCGGUGGUCAGGACAAGAUUCGACCUCUGUGGAGGCAUUACUUUAGUGGAACGCAAGGUCUUAUCUUUGUUAUCGAUUCUUCCGACAGGAACAGAAUGGAGGAGGCUAGACAAGAACUUCACCGCAUCAUCAACGAUCGUGAGAUGAAGGAUAGUCUACUACUCGUGUUUGCCAACAAGCAAGAUUUGGCAGAGGCCAUGAAGCCCCAAGAAGUUACCGAGGCUCUUCAACUCUCCAAGCUCAAGGACAAGGUCUGGUACGUGGUGCCUAGCUGCGCUACCACAGGUGAAGGCUCCUCCUACACCGGCCAAGAAGUAGACGACAAGACAAACAACUCGACUUGUGACGUUUCUGGUCUGGGUGUAUUCGGCCUUUCUGAUCAUCAUAUUUUAUCCCCGACUCAAUCCCGAACUCUUUCUUCCUCGUCCUACGCUGCCAAGCGAACAGGACAGCUCACAUCACCUCCCGGAAAGGAAGACCCUCAUCUACACAACACACCCGGAAUCUCCAAACACCCACCGAAAUUUGCCGAAAUACCCGACUGUUAUCAUAUCUUGCUUUAA